UUGUUUUGAGAGGGAAAUAACUGCUGCACUGUGUAGGCUAGCUGUGUUCUGUAACAUUCAGAACAUCAUAAGAAGCGAGUUUUGAGUGGUUGUUGUAGAUGUUUGUGAAACUCUCCUAAUCACUGAAACAACUGACUGGAGCAACAGAUAGGUCAGUUAGGUUGUUACAUGUGCAAGUAGCACAAAUUAGCACAUAGCGAGUUCUGGUCCCUACAGGAUGCUCUUUGAAAACUGGUUGUAAAGGGUCAGGUAUGGAUGGUGCUGUCCCAGAGGAAACCUUGAGGAAAAUAUUCAGAGCAAAAAAGACCAUGAAAGUCAGCAAUCGAAAACAAUUGGAGUUCCUACACACAAGUCUUCCCUCUCCACGUUCCGUCCCAACCCAACCUCCACAAGCAAUUGUACAUGUGGAACUCUCUGAAGAUGCGGUGUCAAUGGAAGUAGAUGAUGAAAUACAUGGAACCACGCACACCGCCCAUCCAACAACUCCCUCCCCGACGACGACGACGACAUCCCUCACCUCAGAGACCUGUAAGAGAAAAUCUUCCUCGAUUGUUGCCUCGUCACAGAACACUCAUGUAAUAGAACUUUGGGGAAAUGAAACCGAGGGCGACAAGGAGUCCAAACAACCUAGCCUUGAGGAAGUGGAGAAUAUGAAUGGUAUGAUAAAGGGGCAUAGAAAUCCCACACAGGACGUUAUCCCUGGCUAUCAUGUGACCUCCGAGAGAGCAGAUGAGUUGAUGGAGAAAGAUAUUGUUGGGAUGGAAAUCUGCCUCUUGCCCGUUUCCACUCAGGACACUGUUCCAGUUUUGGACCCCGCCUCCUGUCCUCUCCUGUCCCCCAUUACGGCUGUACAGUCUACCUCUUCUCCUUCCCUCUCCCCAACGCACACGGCAGAGACAGACCCGGAUGUCCGGCCAGGAUUCCUGGUGCUUAGUGAAGAUGAUGAUGAUGAUGUCCAGGAUGAGAGCGAUGUGGAGAAGGAUGAGGAGCAGUGUGAAAAUGAAGACCGAUGCGUGGAAACGUUGGAGGUUAACAUGAAGAAGCCAGAACAGUUUGAAAGUGGCUCCCCUGUGGACUGUUCUUUCCCUUCAUCACCUUUGCCUCUUCAGAUUGAUGAAGAUGUAGAGAGUAAUGGUGCUUUACAGGGGAAACAAGCCCUGUUUGUAGACUCAGAAGAAUGUGGCCAAGAGCUGGGGGAAAGAGACUUGGAAGUGGUAGAGACGCCACACAAGAGGCCAAGAAUUGACUGUGAGGAACUGGAGACCCAUGUGGAAAUUAAGAUCAGUGGGAGCGCUGACAAGCAAAGCAAACUGAAGAAGGUGGUGCAGCAGCUGGUAGAUGAGCAUUUGCGUGUUCUUCAGAUCACACUGUUUGACCAGAGUCUGCAGGAGCUCAGAGAACGAAUGGACCGAAUAGACAAACAACAGAGGCUGCACUCAAACCUCAAAAGACUGCAGGCAAAAUUUGACCGACUUUCCACGAAAGUUGGAACUGCCAACCAGGCCAAGGAGAUUCCCGAUAAAAUAUCAGAGGUACUCUUGCCUUCUGCCUGUACUGACGCCACAGCAACCUCGACAUUGUCAGCAACCACCACCAUCGCCCCAGCCUCCUCCACAGACUCCGCCCCAGCCUCCUCCACCGUAGCCUCCACAUCGGCAUCAGCUAUUGUCGGCCUGAGAAUGCUGGUGAAUAACAUACCCAAUCCAAAGUGUAUUGAUCAGAGAGGUCAAGUCACUACUCAUGUAUCCUCAGGUUCGCCAUUGCUACCUUCACCCUCUAUCGCAUUCUCAACUGAAUCUGAGGCCUUGAUGCUGAGCUCCUGUGUAACACCCACACCAGUCCACUCUGGCUUCUCUCUCCAGCCUUUGCUCAUACAGCUGCCUGGUAGAGGGACAGCCAUCUUCAGUAACCCAACCAGCUCCCGGCUAAUCCCAAUGUCUGCGCUUACGACCCUGACAAAUUCCACCCCAACCCACACGACUGCCUUCAUCCUGCAGAGGUCCACUCCCUACACCUCUGCCCUGCCCACGGACCCUUCAGCAUCUGCCCUCUUAUCUCAUUAUGCUGCCUCACUUACAACUGUACCCACAACUAUAACUGCGCCCAUUGACAUGCCAGCUGCCACAACCUCACACAUGACCACACCCAUAACUACAUUAAGGACCGCACCUACAACUCUGGCCAGGACUACACCUACAACUCUGGCCAGGACUACACCUACAACUCUGGCCAGGACCACACCUACAACUCUGGCCAGGACCACACCUACAACUCUGGCCAGGACCACACCUACAACUCUGGCCAGGACCACACCCAUAACUACAUCCCGGUACCCACCCAUAACUACGUCCUGGACUACACCCAUAACUACAUCCAGGAACAUGACCAUGGCCACACUAACAACCAGCUCCUGGGUCACAUCCACAACUACACACACAUCCAUAACCACGGCUACAACCAUGGCUACACCCACAUCCUGGACCACACCCACAAUUACACCCAAGGCCACAACAACCACAACAUCCAAGGCCACAACAAAAAACUUAACCAUGGCUACAACCACACCCAUAACCCCAUCUUGUGCCAUGGCUAAUGGCGCAUCCAAUAUUGUCCACCUUGCAGCCUCUGGGACAGUCAACAAACCCAGCUCAGGUGUGUCUGUCUCAGUAUGUGAGUCCACUUCGCUUGUGUCUCUGGUGAACUCAACUUCAAGUGCGUCCGUACCAAGACUGUCAGUGCCUGGCACAACAGUGCAACAAGCUGUCCCAGCACAACUAGCUUGCCCUGUGGAACCACAGGUGCCCAUAAAGACAGGUAGUCAAGCAACAAACCCUCCUUUAGACUUAACGAAGACUUUUCACUGCAACAUAUCUGAAGCAUUCAUAGACUUGACAGAGGAUGAUGAUGAUGAUGAUGAUGUUCUAGUGACAGGAGUGCUGCAGGCUCCAAUGGUCUUAAAGGCUUCCCCCAUGCCUCCAACAGCAGGUCAGCAAACCACAAUCACACAGCAAACAACCACUUCCACUCCGGUUGGAAAAAAGGCUGUGAGGUUUUCUCUUGAUCACACGCUAGCUGGAACCACGCUGGAAAUCGUCAGUCAUCGCCCUCUGCAGCAGGGUUUGCCAUCUGAAAAUGCCAAAGAAACCACGUCUACGUCUUCCUGCCAGACCUCCCCAGUUCCACCGUUGCCUGCCGUACCUCCAACCCUCAGCCUUCCCCUGGAGGCGGUGAACACCAAGCCUCCGCAGCAGCCUCUGCUCAAGCUAACCCAGGUUCAAACCAAGAACAAUGGGAUUGUCCUCUCCUGGUCUGUGACUGAGGUAGACAGGAGCUGUGCUGCCGUGGACUGCUACCACCUGUACGCCUACCACCAGGAGCACUCUGGCCCCGCCGACACCGACGCAACCUCCUCAUCCUGGAAGAAGAUUGGGGAGGUGAAGGCCUUAGCCCUGCCCAUGGCCUGUACACUCACGCAGUUUGUCUCUGGCGCAAAGUAUUACUUUGUGGUCCAUGCCAGGGAUGUAUAUGGUCGUUUUGGACCCUUCUGUGAGCCCCAGUGCACUGAUGUCUUAAUGCCGACUUCGUCAGAUGUUUAGGGCGGGACUGUUAGGCGUGUUGUUUAAGUGUUCACUUAAAAAUUUGGGAUGGUUAUUUGGUGCGAAUGCCCACAAAUAUAUAUUUAUUAGGCCUGUCAGAGUUAAGUUCACUCAAGUUAGCCUUUUGUACUUUUAGUGCAAAAUUAUAACAUUUUUGAUUGCGGUUAAUCACAUUUUCUGGAAGUGUGCACAAUACACUGAAAAUAUCCUAAAUGCAUAAUAAAUUGAAGAAGUGUCAGGGGUGAAAAUAAUUGUGUCCAAUUCCACGACCUGGCAAAUAAGGGUAAGCUGUACCGUUAAAACGUGAGUACAAGGAAAUGCAACGAAUAUGCACUACUAAUCACUUGUAUUACAUGUCCGCUGCAUGGACAUUAGUGGGUACACAGUGCACUGCUUCAAAAUGUAAUUGUUUAGGCAGACUACAAGGUGAUAUUUAACAUAGGUUAUGACAAAUCUUGGAACAGGUCUACUAGCCACGUCUUAGCAUUAAUAUACCCAUAAAAAAACAUUCUGUAGAGAAAUGUAAUCUACUUGCACUUCUGAAGUGUGCUUUACUGACGUUGCUUACUGUUCUUUUUGAUGAUAUCAAGACAGGAAUUUUUCUGUAAUGCUUUUUAUGGGAAAAUCUUUGAUUGCCACUAAACUUUAGGAUAUUCAGAAUUUUGCGAUUAAUUGUCAUGUUUUAAACGUUUGACAGCCCAUGUUAUUACAAUGGCCAUUGACCAACAUUUUGAAAGGAGUGUUUUUCUUUCUUAAUGAAACAAUAAAAAAGAUUAACAAAGUUA